GCACUAUAAACUUCAAGAUCCGGACUAGUGGCUAAGAGAAUGAAGAGGAGGAGGAAGAAUGGACUUGUGCGAGAAGAAAAGAAGUUACCAGGGGCAAGCUAAAGAAGUAGGAGGAUCUUCUUGUGAAGAAAGAAGAGAAGUAAGAUGGCCAAAUCACAAAGUGCAGAUGAGAGGAGGGGAACAAAAUCCCUAGGUGCUGGAGGGAUCCAAUGGGGCCUGGCACAUCUCCCCUCUUGUCUCCUUCUCCACCUUCGGCCGCCGCCAUAGCCAGGCCGGCGUGGGGCGCGCCACCACUCCACCGCGCCCUCCGUCCACCAGCACCUCCAUAUACCACCAUCCAUCCAAUCCAUCACCACCUCGCGCCGCUGCACCAUCCAUCAGCGCCACCCCUUCACCACCAUCGCUCGCGCGCCCUACCAGACCAGGGGUCUGGUGCCCCGCGCGACCUUGCCUUCUGCCGCUGCCUUCUUCCUCCCCUGCCUCGCUGCUGCCCUUCUUCUUCCCCUCGCUGCUCCUCCACCUCUCUCCUCCUCCUUCAAUCCCUUUGUUGCUGCUCUUCUUCUACCGCGCCCCUUGCUGAUCUCUCACGCUGCUACUCCUCCCCUCAUCAUGUUGUUGUUUCCUUCUUCUCCUGUCGCUGCUCUCUUCUUCCUUUGCCUCUAGUUGAUGCUCCUAAUAUUCUCUGAACCCCAGCCUGCUGCUCUUUCUUCUCCCUACCUCACCGCUGCUCUGCCCUCUGCUGCUGUACCUCUCCUUCUCCAACUCGCCCCCUGCUGAUCUUCUCCAUCACCUACACCAUCUACAGCUGCAAGCCUGAAGAUUUACUAGGAAUUAAUCUUUGAAUCUCUCCCUUCUCUUGCUACUGUACUCUGCAUUUUCUGUAAUAGGAGUGGUGUAGGACUUGUAAGGUUCAGAUUUUGAUAAGUGUUUGCAACCAAUUAGUUUGUUCAGUUCGUACUUGUUAAAUAUCAUGUCAUGAAUUCUAUGUUCUGAAUAGUGGAUUUCUUUUCUUUCGAAACAAAGUGAUGUCUAACAUUUUGUCUUGGUAAUUAGUGUUCUGUUAGAACUUAUGCGUGUUCACCCUUUGUAUUUUAAUUCCAGUUCAUGUAUGUGUUGUCACAGUGCGUUCCCUUUUCUGUAGAAAUAUAUUCAGUUUUGUAGUCCACGUAUUAGUUCAAGUUCUUGUGAGAUAAAUGUGUGUGAUUUAUAUACAUAUGUGUGUGUCUUUGAUAUGAUACAUAUAUUCUGUCCUACAACCUUGUUUCUUCCCUCUGUUCAUGUUUGAUAGUUAUAUAUGUGUCCUUGUCAUGUUACAUUCAUGUCCUUUUACUUCUGUUGUCAUUGAUGUCAGCUUGUGUUAGUAUUUUAGUUUCUCAAGUUUUAUGAAUAUACCAAAAAGACAGAGAAUAUAAUCUAAAUCUCCCUUUGCUUAUUUUCAUUUACUUUGUCGUCGAUUUUCCGACGAUCUUAGAUACUUUAGGUUUAUUUUCCCUGUAUUCGUCACUUAAAUUGUCUAGCCUAGCUUUAGCCGAGCAUAGUCACUGUCGCCUAGUCCCUGUGGAGAACACGACACAUCCGUAGUUUGGGCGCAAAAACCCUGCUAUAUUACACCUGAUCAUUUUGGUGCCUUUGCCGGGGACUAGAGUCGUGCGACCGUGUUAGGCUAUAGACUAGGUUUUUCUUGUUUUUCCCUUUGUGCUAUAUAUAUGUGAUAUAUCUCUAACCCCUAACCCUUGUUCAAGUUAUUUUCUCUUUCUUUGCUUGGUCAUUCUGCAGGUUAUUGCAUCUUCUCAGAUAUGGCUUACUAUUCAGAUCAUCAUGCUUUUGCGAGCAACACUACAAACAACACGGAAAGUAUUCAAGACUUGAUAAGGCCAUUCGCCCGCUGAAUGUCAGCAUGGCUACUCUCACCCUCCAGAUUGUUUUGGCAUGAGCUUCACUCAAGAGCAUAGCUCAUACCAAAGCAAGCAAUUAGUCACAUGGGUGGCCUAAAAACCCGAAUAUGUCAUAUAGGAGCAACAACCCUGAGAUCUCAUCGUUUGCCUCUAGUUAUCCAAUGCAGGGAUUUAGGUACAAUGACGAGAGCAACAACUAUGCACCACAACAAUGCUAUUCACCUCCUACUCAUAUACCUCAACACCAGGAGAUAUAGCCAAUGGAGUUAAAUGGUCCUCCAUUUGGUCAACCAACACCUUCAACACAAGUGCCCACACAAGAUGAUUUUGAUGAUAUAGACAAGCUCACAUUGCUUAGUCUCGAGUUCACUUGGAGUGCUGAAGAUGAUCCAAUGAGGCCGGUGAUACUAGAGGAAAUGAAGAAGAUCAAGAGUGGAAAAGAGCCAGUGGAAGAAGUAAGGAAGAUUGAGAAGAACAUCAACGCUGGCAGUACUAUCUCCUCCCUCCUUGAGCUGAGUGUUGCCGAGAUUCCCCUUGAUACAUGUGAGGUUCCAAUACCGUCACAUCCAGCUGAGCAAGAUAGUAAGAGUCCAGAGGAAGAAAGACCUCAGAUUGAAGAAGAAAUACUUGAAGACAAGGAACAAGAUGAUCCAGAGCUCGAACAACAAAGUGAUCAAGUUGAAGACUCAUCAUCUAUUACUCUUGAAGAAGCAAAAGAAGUUGAUGUGAUUGAAGAUGAAGAACCGGAAAUGCAUUUGCCCAUCAUCAUACAGGAGCGUGAUUUAGCAGGUUUAUCCAAUCCUCUUGAUGACAUGCUUCCUUAUGAGAUCUUUGUUGUUACUUUGCAUUGCGUUAUACCAUCAAUUAAGCUAGAUUUGAAAAAUUAUUUGCUUGGACAUGAUCAUACAUACACUUUUGGUGGCAUUGCUCUCAUUCCCGAUGAUGACACUUAUUUUCCUUAUGCUAGUCCUAUGCUUAAUGAAACAUAUUAUUCCCAUACUAGUCUUGAGCUUAAUGAUAAAUUUCAUCCUCAUGUUAGUGUCGACCUUGCUGAUUUCUACCAUCCUAAACAUGUGCUUUAUAGCUAUGCUUAUGUAAUUGGAUAUUCGAUUGAUGACUUGGAGGGUAUUAUCCCUACCACUUGCAUUGUCUCUUUGGUUGAGUGCCUUUUCAGGUUUUUGCUUGUGCACGAAUCAAUACAUGUUGACCAGGUUCGAGGUGACAUUCCUUGGGACCCUGGUGGACUCAGAGCAUGGGGAUGAGGAGAAGCAAGGGGGCACACACGAAGAAGAGUGAAGCUGGAGCAUCCAUGAGGAAGCAAAAGGAGAAGAGCUGCAGCUUAGAGAGUGAUCAAGCGAGUGCUACAUCAUCAAAGCCCGAAAACUGCGCAAAGGCACUAUAAACUUCAAGAUCUGGACUAGUGGCUAAGAGAAUGAAGAGGAGGAGGAAGAAUGGACUUGUGCGAGAAGAAAAGAAGUUACCAGGGGCAAGCUAAGGAAGUAGGAGGAUCUUCUUGUGAAGAAAGAAGAGAAGUAAGAUGGCCAAAUCACAAAGUUCAGAUGAGAGGAGGGGAACAAAAUCCCUAGGCGCUGGAGGGAUCCAAUGGGGCCUGGCACAUCUCCCCUCUUGUCUCCUUCUCCACCUUCAGCCGCCGCCACAGCCAGGCCAGCGUGGGGCGCGCCACCGCUCCACCGCGCCCUUCGUCCACCAGCAACUCCAUAUACCACCAUCCAUCCAAUCCAUCACCACCUCGCGCCGCUGCACCAUCCAUCAGCGCCACCUCUUCACCACCAUCGCUCGCGCGCCCUACCAGACUAGGGGUCUGGUGCCCCGCGCGACCUUGCCUUCUGCCGCUGCCUUCUUCCUCCCCUGCCUCGCUGCUGCCCUUCUUCUUCCCCUCGCUGCUCCUCAACCUCUCUCCUCCUCCUUCAAUCCCUUUGUUGCUGCUCUUCUUCUACCGCACCCUGUUGCUGAUCUCUCACGCUGCUACUCCUCCCCUCAUCAUGUUGUUGUUUCCUUCUUCUCCUGUCGCUGCUCUCUUCUUCCUUUGCCUCUAGUUGAUGCUCCUAAUCUUCUCUGAACCCCAGCCUGCUGCUCUUUCUUCUCCCUACCUCGCUGCUGCUCUGCCCUCUACUGCUGUACCUCUCCUUCUCCAACUCGCCCCCUGCUGAUCUUCUCCAUCACCUACACCAUCUAUAGCUGCAAGCCUGAAGAUUGACUAGGAAUUAAUCUUUGAAUCUCUCCGUUCUCUUGCUACCGUACUCUGAAUUUUCUGUAAUAGGAGUGGUGUAGGUCUUGUAAGGUUCAGAUUUUGAUAAGCGUUUGCAACCAAUUAGUUUGUUCAGUUUGUACUUGUUAAAUAUCAUGUCAUGAAUUCUAUGUUCUGAA